GUAUGAAUUACACAACAGAGUUUGAUCAUUAUAUAGGACAUGAUAGAAAAAAAGAAGAUAAUGAUUGCAAAUCAGAUUGCAAUAAAUAAGGUUUAUGUAUUUAAUCUUAAUGUUAUUGUAAAUCACCUUAUGGAGGACAAUAUUGCUAAUUUAAAUUGAUUUUUGUUGAUGAAAAUGAAAACAAUUCUACACAAAUAUAAACAUUAGACAAUUUAUUUAGUAUUCAUAUGGAUUUAUAAACUUCUAAGAAUAUUAUGACAUAGUUAAAAUAAUUUGAUAAGAAAGAAAUGUAUAAGAAAUGUCCAGUUCCUUGUAGAAAUGGUGGUUAUUGUGUAUUUGGUUAAUGUAUGUGUAAAUCUCCUUAUGUUGGAGAUUAUUGUCAAUUUUAAAUAGAAUUUGAAUAAGGAAUGCCAGUAAAGUUAAUAAUUUAUUGAUAGCAUUAUUAAGUUUACAUGUUGAUGAUAUUUUCAUGUUUUGUUGGUAUAGCAAUAACAGUGAUAAUAUUUAUGAUUUUGAAAUUUAUUGAAGAUGAGAAAAAGAAAUAUGAAUUAAUAAGUGGUGAGAAUAAAGAUUAAUGGUAAAAAAAAGGAUGAU